UUAAUAUUCAGUGAAAUUAAAGUUUAAAGCUAAUUUUUGUGUGCUUUUUUGUUAAAAAGUAAAAAAAUGAAGAAAAAUUUGUGUUUUUCUUACUUUUGACGGCUAUUAUGUUGUUGACAAAGUGUGAAACAUCGCCAUCGUAUAAAUUAAAGAAAUAUCAUCACAUUCCGGGUUGUUUUACCAAAAUUUAGGCCCGGCUUACGUCUACAACAAUCAUAUGACACUUUGCUCCUUCAAAAACCUCACACACUACGAAGAAAAACUCUCACAAAUAAUCAAAAUCUUCGAAAUGAGCAAACACAUCUGUGACCCAUCAAAACACCUUAAUAUCGCCUUAUCCACCUACUGCUCAAACUCAAUGAACAUCAUAGAAGGACAAAUACCAUCUUUACAACAAAAAUUCAAGUCGAUUACACAUUUAACCGGACAAGAAACAAAACAAUCACAAAAAUAUCCACAAAAAUCACAACGUCAACGUCGUGGAAUAAUAAACGGCAUCGGCACGGGUCUUAAAUGGUUGUUCGGCACACCAGACGCAGACGACGCCGAGAAAUUCACCGCCUCCAUCGACACCCUCUUCAGCAACCAGCGCGAAACCCGACUACUAAUGCAACAACAGGUGCACGUGCUAAUCGCCGCCAUCAACAGCUACAAUCAAUCCGUGGAGGAAUUCAAACGCAACACAGAAACCUUAAACACCAACAUGCGAGAAAUCAUGCGGACAAAUGCAGGGAUAGUCAAAGUGCUGCAUAGCUUGGAAGAAACAACCAUGGCCAUCAAACACGUGACACUGUUGACCCAGCUGAUCGUUCAGCUCGCCGAAGAGUUCGAUGUGAUCAUAAACGCGAUACUCUUCGCUAAACAAAACAUUCUUCAUCCAUCAAUUAUCAAUCCUCACGAUUUGAGAAGAGAACUACUUCAAGUUCAACUCAACUCGAAUCUUCAGUUUCCUAUCCCGCUGGAUUCGAAUGAUAUUUACUUAUAUUUCGAUAUCAUGAAGAUAUCCGUUGCUUUACGGGAUAAUAUUUUGAUAUAUUUUUUGAGGAUACCAACGCCUUAUCGAGAGAAAUAUGGAUUACAUCAUAUGCUACCCCUUCCUAAAUCAGCUGAUAAUGAUAAUCAUCGUAAAAUAUUCUCGUUUAUUGUCCCACAACAACCUUAUUUAUUAAUCAAUCUCGCAGCGACAGAAUUUAGUCUUUUAAAUUCUUUAGACAAUUGUAAAUUAUUACGAGAUUACUACAUCUGUCAAACUUAUACAAAAUCCAAAUCAUUCGCGGAUGUAACAUGUGAAGUUCAAUUGAAAAUCGCGCAUCUAGACAAGAUCCCCGAUGAUUGUGUGACGAAAACCAUCAUGGCCGACAUGGAAGUGUGGCAGAAGAUCAACUUAAAUGAAUGGUUAUACAGUGUAUCCACGAAAUUAUACGGAAUAAUAUAUUGUGAUGAUUCGGACGCUGCAAACACGCAGGAUUCUAUCCGUAUCAACGGUACGGGGAUUUUACGCCUGCGUCCCGGGUGUCGAAUGAAUGUGGGAAGAACAAUAUUGCAGGCGUACGUCGCUCCAGCGCGCAAUUACACACAUUUUGUGCCCAAGGUAGACAUCCGCACGGAUUUGCGAUGUGUGGAGAAGGAGGAAGCGUUGUUGAAGCUCAACGUGAAGAGUAUCACGUGGAAGAAUGCCAAUUUGGACGAGUUAAGGUACGCGAAACAUAAAUUAGAGACAUUUGAUCAGACUCUGCAGGAGGAAAUCAAUAAGCCGUACUUUAAGAGCGAAUUUGGAUUGAUUUAUACUUGUGCAGCUUAUGUUUUUGUGGGAUUUGUAAUUAUUGGUGUAUGUUAUUAUCAAUGCACCAAAUGGGGGAGAAAUAGUGCAGUUUCUGCUAUUAGUACAUCUAGACUUGUUUAAAGAAAGUGUAGCUUGUUUCUAACAACGCUCAGGAAGAAUAUACUCAGUUUUUUUUAAUAUUAUGUCUCACAAGUAAGAAAUUAAUCCAAAUUAAUGAAAUAUUAGUGAAAUUUAAAGUUUUUCGAAGAUUUUUUUAAUUUUAAACCUUUGAUGUUGUAUAACAAAUGAUUAAAAGCAAAAAUUAUUCGAGUACCAUCAGCGAUUUAUGAGUUUUAGCAAUUUUUCAAAUCUUUCCUAUUUUUUAUGGGAAUUAUUCAAUAUUUUGAUAGUUUAAAAUAAUACUAGUACUGAAUAGUCUCUUUACAACGACCUGGACAUAUGUAUUAUGCUAACCCAAUAAAAUGUUUUAUUAUUU